AUGACGUUGAUGCAGCUGAAAAGUGAGACUCUGAGAAAACGGCGAGCAGAGCUUACUGCCUUUGCCAGGCAGCAGAUAAGUAUCCAGAAAGCCAAAAUGCGAGCUGAAAUGAAAUCCAGGGAGAACGCACGUCGUGCCAGCCGGAUACCGGCUAUCACCGUUAACGCCGCAGACAUUGCGUUAACGGCCGAAGACAUGGCUAUUAUGGAACAGAAGCUUAUCACUAAGUUUGGAAAUCGGAGUUCCAUGUUCCAGGAAGUGGAAAAGUUCCUAAAUGCUGAUACGGCAGCCAUGGAGGCCAUGGCUAAAGCACUCGGAUCAGAUGAACGAGCGCAGCAGUUUGUGGGUGCCAUAAAGCGACCAAAUUACCUAUUGGAAUUCCUUCAGCACAAAUUUGGCGGGCUAGAUCGAGUCUUUUCGUUAAUCGAUUCGGCCACUCUGGGUGACUUUGAUGCAAUUCACACAAUGUCUCGUGCAGUCGGCGAGGAUACCGACGCCAUUGUUCGGUUUGUGGCUUUCAUGGAGAAAACUACCUUUGCGGCCGCCAACUGUUUGCAGACAAAAGCUCGAAAUUUUCCCUACGUGGAAGACUACAUAUCACUGCUGUUGAAACGAGACUGGUCUGAAUCCGAGCUCAAGGACUUAGCGAACGGACGAUACAAGGAAGAAUCACAACCCGGUGACCUUUCGAUCACCAAUCCUCUUACUACCAUCGCAACCAGAAUGAGUGAGGAGAUGCUUUUUAAGUUCUACAAGGCCCUAAAAACCGCCGACUACGAGUUCUUUACUAAAAUCGGAAACGUGAAAUUCGAACAAGACAUUCCCCGUGACAGCCACAAGCAAGUCGAUCCUUAUUUUCUUGUGAUGAUCUCCGCAGGAACUUUGAUUUAUCAGAACUUUUGCAGCCAGUAA